GGCACAAAUAGUAGUAAAUGGUUUGAUUCUGUCGUUCUGACAUGCCUCCACUUAAGACAAGUAGCAAGCCAAAAUGAGCGUUCCUCACCUCAUUACAUAUAUUUAACUACAAUUUUAUCAAGGCCCCAGAUCCUCCAAAGUCUCUUACUAAAUGGCAGAGGCACAGAGACGUGUAGAAACAACAAUCCUAUGCCUUGUUACUGUCAGCCUAACUUUGUCGUUUCUCUGUCAAUGCUCUGCUGCUCUUCACUUGUCUCUACAUUAAUUCUCCCAAAACUCCAACCUUUAUUCCUUCAACUUCUACUUGUUUCAGUCACAUAAACCAUGUUUCUUCAAAACAUGUUGGAUUCACACGAUUCUUCAACUACAGAAUUUAAGCUUCUAAUUAAGAUGGCAUGGCCACAGCUAAACUCACCCUGUUUGUGGGAGCAUGUAAGCAUACUUGGGUUCGUUGGAAUCUUUCUACUUUUUCUUGUACUGCAAAAAAGUGUGCGUGUAGCAUGCAAAAGGAGAGCAAAACUCCCAGAUCAAAAGCUGCACAAGCACUCCAAUGCAGCCAAAUUCAGCGUCGCUUCCAAAGCCACCAUACUUUGUUCCACUUUGCUGCUAGGAAUUCAUUUUUUAGUACUGCUGAUGCUGCUAAAGGGCCAGCAGGAUCAUUGCAGCUCAAAAGCCAUAGCCUUUUCUUCGCAGAUCAUGCAACUUGUAUCAUCAGCAGUUGCAGUUAUUGCAGUAUACAGAGUCCUGCAUCACAGGCAUGCCAAGUUCCCCUGCAUUCUAAGAGCCUGGUGGGUUUGCAGCUUCUUAUUAUCCGUCAUCUGCACCUCCCUACACACAUAUUUGAGAAUUACAAACCACGGCCAUCUUAGAUUGCGAGACUAUUCAGACUUCUUUGGUGUCCUCUCCUCCACCUUUUUGUUCGGUGUUUCAAUCCAUGGGAAGACAGGCCUAGUCUUCAAUUCAUCUAAUCCCAUCGCCGAACCACUUCUUCGUGGAAAAACUGGUAAAUACUUGGAAGGAAAGAGGGAAUCUCUAUAUGGAAAAGCUACUCUUCUCCAGCUGAUUACCUUCUCUUGGCUCAAUCCAUUGUUUGCUACUGGCAUCAAGAAACCCCUCGAACAAGAUGAAAUCCCGGAUGUCGAUAUCAAGGACUCUGCUGGAUUUCUGUCCCCAGCCUUUGAUGAGUUCCUGAAUCGAGUUAAGGAGAAAGAUAGAAGCACAAACCCCUCCAUCAACAAGGCAAUGUUCUUCUUCAUCAGAAGGAAAGCAGCAAUUAAUGCAUUAUUUGCAGUUAUCAGUGCUGGAGCAUCAUAUGUAGGUCCAUACCUCAUUAAUGACUUGGUAACUUUUCUCACUGAGAAGAGAACCCGGACCUUAGAGAGUGGCUACCUUCUUGCACUAGCCUUUCUAUGUGCCAAGAUGAUUGAGACGAUAGCGCAGAGGCAGUGGAUAUUUGGUGCCCGCCAACUAGGCCUUCAUCUUAGAGCUGCUUUAAUAUCUCAUAUUUACAGAAAGGGCCUACUUCUGUCAAGCCAGUCCCGCCAAACCCACACUAGUGGAGAGAUCAUUAACUACAUGAGUGUAGAUAUCCAAAGAAUUACAGAUUUUAUAUGGUACCUGAACAUUAUAUUGAUGUUGCCCAUACAGAUUUCCUUAGCAAUCUACAUUCUAAAGACGACCCUAGGUUUAGGAUCAUUGGCAGCAUUAGCUGCAACUUGCAUAGUAAUGACAUGCAACAUACCCAUUACAAGAAUCCAGAAAAGUUACCAAUCACAGAUCAUGGAAGCCAAGGACAACAGAAUGAAAGCCACUACAGAAGUGCUACGAAACAUGAAGAUUCUGAAACUGCAAGCAUGGGACACUCAAUUCCUCCACAAGAUAGAGAGCUUGAGGGCCAUAGAGUAUAAGUGGUUGUGGAAAUCUCUUAGACUUUCCGCAAUUUCAGCUUUCAUCUUCUGGGGAUCACCCACAUUUAUCUCAGUGGUGACGUUUGGGGCGUGCAUGCUAAUGGGAAUUCAGCUCACUGCCGGAAGGGUUCUAUCAGCAUUGGCUACCUUUCGAAUGUUGCAGGAUCCAAUUUUCAAUUUACCUGAUCUUCUCUCCGCGAUUGCACAGGGCAAAGUUUCGGCAGAUAGAGUGGGUUCUUACCUACAGGAACGGGAAAUUCAGCAUGAUGCCAUUGAGAAUAUUCCGAAAGAUGAGACGGACUUUGAGGUUGAGAUUAACGGUGGAAAAUUCAGCUGGGACCCCCAGUCAACCAUCCCAACUCUAGAUGGAAUACAGUUGAAAGUGAAGAGGGGGAUGAAGGUGGCAAUUUGUGGAUCUGUAGGAUCAGGAAAAUCUAGCUUGCUUUCCUGCAUUCUUGGAGAAAUACAGAAACUGUCAGGAACAGUGAAGAUCAGUGGUACAAAAGCUUAUGUUCCUCAAUCUCCAUGGAUACUGACAGGAAACAUCAGGGACAAUAUUCUAUUUGGAACUUCAUACGACAAUGCCAAAUAUUACAGAACAGUUAGAGCAUGUGCAUUGACAAAGGAUUUCGAGUUGUUCAACUGUGGUGACCUAACAGAGAUCGGAGAAAGAGGAAUAAAUAUGAGUGGGGGACAAAAGCAAAGGAUACAAAUUGCUCGAGCAGCUUACCAGGAUGCUGAUAUAUAUCUACUUGAUGACCCUUUCAGUGCAGUAGAUGCUCAUACAGGCACCCAACUCUUUCGGGAAUGCUUAAUGGGAAUUCUCAAAGACAAGACCGUACUUUAUGUUACCCACCAAGUCGAGUUUCUUCCUGCUGCAGACCUCAUUCUGGUAAUGCAAAAUGGCAGAAUAGCACAAGCUGGAACGUUUAUUGAACUUUUGAAACAAAACAUAGGAUUUGAAACUUUAGUCGGUGCCCAUAGCCAAGCCUUAGAGUCAGUCCUUGAAGUUGAAAAUUCAAGAAGAAUGUCCCAAAAUCCAGUGCCCGAUGACAACUCCAUUACGGAUUCCACUUCAAUUGCAGACCUUUCAAGCACAGAGUGCAACUCAGAGCAUGACCUUUCUGUAGAGAUAACAGAAAAGGGAGGAAAACUGGUGCAAGAUGAAGAAAGAGAAAAAGGAAGCAUUGGAAAAGAAGUUUACUGGUCAUAUUUAACAACUGUGAAACAUGGAGCUCUGGUUCCGAUCAUACUCUUGGCGCAGUCAUCGUUCCAAAUGUUACAGAUCGCUAGUAACUAUUGGAUGGCAUGGGCUUCACCUCCUACAAGUUACAGUGAACCAGUAGUAGGAAUGAAUAUCAUAUUGCUUGUUUAUGUACUACUUUCCGUUGGAAGUUCACUUUGUGUAUUGAUCCGAGCCACACUAAUUGCAAUAACUGGACUUUCAACAGCACAAAAGCUCUUCACAAACAUGCUGCAUAGUGUAUUCCAUGCUCCGAUGGCUUUCUUUGACUCAACCCCAGCUGGUAGAAUCUUGAACCGAGCAUCUACAGACCAAAGUGUUCUAGACUUGGAAAUGGCACACAGACUAGGUUGGUGUGCUUUCUCAGUAAUACAGAUUCUAGGGACCAUAGCAGUAAUGUCCCAGGUUGCAUGGGAAGUAUUUGUAAUCUUCAUUCCAGUAUCUGCAAUCUGCAUAUGGUACCAACGAUAUUACAUCCCAACAGCAAGAGAACUGGCUCGCUUAGCAGGAAUACAGAGAGCUCCAAUUCUUCACCACUUUGCAGAAUCAUUAGCAGGUGCUGCAACAAUUCGUGCUUUUAAUCAAGAAGAUCGUUUUAUUGAAGCAAACCUUGACCUUAUAGACAGCCACUCAAGGCCUUGGUUUCAUAAUAUGUCAGCCAUGGAAUGGCUUUCUUUCAGAUUGAAUUUACUGUCCAAUUUUGUAUUUGCCUUCUCACUGGUCUUGCUGGUGACCCUUCCUGAAGGAAUAAUCAACCCAAGCAUUGCAGGAUUGGCAGUAACAUAUGGGAUAAAUUUGAAUGUUUUACAAGCUUCAGUCAUAUGGAGCAUGUGCAAUGCAGAAAACCAAAUGAUUUCUGUAGAAAGAAUUCUUCAGUACUCAAAUAUAACAAGUGAAGCACCCCUUGUGGUUGAAGAGUGCAGACCUUCAGACAACUGGCCAGAAGUAGGAACAAUAUCCUUUAAAGAUUUGGAGGUUCGUUAUGCAGAACAUCUGCCAUCUGUCUUGAAGCACAUUAGCUGCACAUUUCCAGGAAGGAAAAAAGUUGGUGUUGUGGGUAGGACAGGGAGUGGGAAAUCAACCCUCAUACAGGCCAUUUUCAGAAUUGUUGAAGCCAGAGAGGGAAGCAUUACAAUCGAUGAUGUGGACGUUUCCAAGAUAGGCCUUCAUGACUUAAGAUCAAGGCUUAGCAUCAUCCCACAGGACCCAACAAUGUUUGAAGGAACAGUGAGAGGCAACCUUGAUCCACUAGGGCAAUACUCUGACAAUGUAGUAUGGGAGGCUUUAGAUAAGUGUCAACUGGGUGAUUUGGUACGUUCAAAACAUGAAAAGUUGGAUGCCACAGUGAUUGAAAAUGGAGAAAACUGGAGUGCGGGGCAGAGACAGUUAUUCUGUCUGGGAAGAGCCCUACUAAAGAAAAGCAGCAUCCUUGUGCUGGAUGAAGCAACAGCAUCAGUCGAUUCAGCAACAGAUGGGGUGAUACAGAAGAUCAUUAGCCAAGAGUUCAAAGAUAGGACAGUGGUGACAAUAGCUCACAGAAUCCACACGGUUAUAGACAGUGAUCUUAUUUUGGUCCUUAGUGAUGGAAGGAUUGCGGAGUAUGACACGCCGGUAAAACUGCUAGAAAGAGAGGAUUCUUUCUUCUCAAAACUUAUAAAAGAAUACUCGAUGAGGUCACAGAAUUUCAACAACUGAACCAAAAUGAAAAAGAAAUGUGUUGAUAGCAGACACAAAGAGAGUAGAGCAAGUUGAUUGAAAUGCGUUAAUUUAACCGGUUAGAGGAGCAGCAAGUACAGUAGCAGGCCUAGUAAUCGACUUAAAGUGGUCGUAAGGAGAAGAAAGGAGUGAAUUUGUACUGCAAAAUAAAAUGAAGAUAGUGAAACCCUGAUAGUCCCUCUUCCAGUUCCUGAGAAUCAAUAAAAAUAAAUGAUCCAACCUUACACAGGGAUAAAGUAGUUUAUGUAAUCCUUAUCAUUUUGGCCCAGAAUGAUAAAAUAAAAAUUUUUAAUUUUUCUGGAAA